AUGGCCAAGUCACCGGAACCCAAUGACACCAUCACGACAAGGUACCACUAUUCCCCGCCAUGGGCCGAUUUGAGCAUCAUUGGAGUUGCUGGAAGCUCCGGCUCAGGCAAAUCUAGCAUUUCAGAUGCGAUUGUUAGAAAGCUUAACCUGCCGUGGGUUGUCAUCCUUUCAAUGGACUCCUUUUAUAAAAGUCUCGACGCCGAAUCAUCCAGAAAAGCAUUCGCAAAUGAGUAUGACUUUGACGCACCCGAUGCAAUUGACUUUGACGCUCUUGUCAAUCUCUUACGUGAUUUGAAGGCUGGAAAGCGAGCAGAAAUACCCGUGUAUUCAUUCGUGAAACAUCAGCGCAUGGAAGAGACCACCUCAAUCUACUCUCCCCACGUCCUAAUCCUUGAGGGCAUUUUUGCCCUGUACGACCCUAGAGUAUUAGAGCUGUUGGAUAUGAGAGUAAUUAUCCGAGACGUCCGAGACAGAGGGCGCGAUGUAGAAGGCAUCAUCAAACAGUGGUUGGCUUUCGUGAAGCCAAAUUUUGUCAAGGCAAGCUACCCAAUAAUAUUUUACCGUCGGUCCCCCUGUCAGCUAACCAAUUGCACCUUCAUUCAGUUCGUGGAUCCGCAAAGAAAAGUGGCAGAUAUCAUCGUCCCUCGUGGCGUUGAGAACAAGGUUGCUAUAACCAUGAUGGUUCAGUACAUUGAGCAAAAGCUGCUGGAGAAGUCUAAGCAGCACCGAGCAGCUCUAAGUAGGCUUCAGCUUGAGUCGCUGGAGACACCGCUAUCUAGCAAAGUCAUCUUCAUCGAGCAGACCCCGCAACUGCGCGGCAUAGAUACUAUCUUGCACGACAUAGACACAAGUAGUGAGGACUUCAUCUUCUACUUCGAUCGGCUUUCCGCCCUUCUCAUUGAACUAGCCCUCAACAAUGUCAGGUUCGAGUCAACCACAAUCACCACCCCUCAGGGCUACACCUACAACGGCCUUCGCCGGGCACAGGGCGACGUCUCGGCCAUCGUGCUGGAGCGCGGCGGCGCCGCCCUUGAGGUGGGGCUUAAGCGUGUGAUCCCCGACUGUAAGACUGGCCACAUAGUUAUCGAGUCCAACGUCAGGACGGGCGAGCCCGAGCUCAAGUACCAGAAGCUGCCGCGCGAUAUCCAAUCCCACGGCAGCGUGCUCCUGCUCGACUGCCACAUGUCAUCGGGCGGGUCUGCCCUGAUGGCGGUUCAGGUCCUGCUGGACCACGGGGUGGCGCAAGAUCGCAUCGUCCUGGCGACCUACUCGGCCGGUCGCAUGGGCCUGCAUCGGCUGACGACGGUGUUUCCCGACAUCACGGUGGUGGCAUGCAAGCUUGUGCAGGACAUUGAGGAACGCUGGAUCGAAAAGAAAUAUUUCAGGUGCUGA